AUGCUGGAGAAUUCAGAUGAGCCUCCUCUUUUUGACCCCAGACGCCAGACACAGACCCUGUUCAAGGUGCAAUUGUACUUCUGUUCCAUCUUGGGCCUGGUGAUCUUCCUCACUUUCUGUCUGGUCAGAUACAAGUUCCCCCUGUUAUAUUCUGUGCGCCCGUAUCGGAACAAGAUGAUACGCAGGCUCCCGAAAAGCUUUCUUGGCUGGCUCAAAGUUCUCCAUUCGAUCUCCGGAGACGAGAUCAUCCAAGUGGCCGGGCUCGACGCGUACGUGUUCCUCUGUUUCUUCCGCAUGGGAAUACGGAUUUUUUGUACCAUGACUGUGGCUGGGUUGCUGGUUCUGAGUCCCGUGAGGUAUCUGCUGACCGGCAAGUUUGACAAGGAAAUGACGGGGCUACAACUGUUCUACGGUGUGAUGACGGGAGCGGCCAAGACUCCUGCCAGACACGACGAUUCCGAACCAACAGGGUAUCUGGUGGUGUGCACGAUCUUCACGUAUGUUUUCACUGCUACCGUCUUUUUUUUCCUGUUCAAAGAGACCUUGCACAUCAUCAAAACCAGACAACGCUGUCUGGGCUCGCAACGGUCGGUCACAGACCGAACGAUCGUGAUCUCCCAUAUUCCGGACUCGCUGAAAGACGAAGAGGCUUUGAAAUCUCAUAUCGAGACCUUGGGAGUUGGUAACGUCGAGAAGGUCACGCUGGUGUACGACUACACGAAACUGCGGAACUUGUUUGACCGUCGCACAAAAAUAAUGCGCAAGCUUGAACAGCUGUACUCGAAUUACUACGGACUCGAGACUCGCAUUUUUAAAGACGUUGAGACCCCUUCGGCCAAGCUUAAACUGGACCUGCUCAGCCAGGAGCUUGAUCUUGACGCGUCCGUGCCGCUUCCCAAGGCAUACGACUCAAAGAAUAGAGAGAAAAAGCGGCCUUUGGGCAGAAUCACUGCGUUUGGCCCCAAAGUCGAUCUUUUUGACUACUACUGCGGAGAGCUCAUCCAGAUGGACCAAAAAAUAAUGGUGGUGCGCGAGAAAGGAGACUUCAAGCCUAUUCCCUCGGCAUUCGUGACAAUGGACUCUGUCAGCGACGCUCAGAUGGCUGCGCAAGCCCUCUUCUCGCCUAAAGCGUUCCAGCUCAUCACCUGUCUGGCACCGGCUCCUCUGGACGUCAACUGGGACAACUUGCAUCUCAGCUCGAAAUCCGUAUUCAUAAGGAAGAACAUUGUGGAGCUGAUCAUCAUCGCCUUUAGCAUCUUGCUCAUUAUUCCUAUUCGGUAUCUGUCCUCGCUGCUCAACGUCAACGCCAUCAAAAGAAUAUGGCCCGAGUUUGGUGACUACUUGAUCAAACACGAAAUUCUUAGGACCAUCGUGACCGGUAUCCUGCCGACCUACUUAUUCACGCUCAUCAACAUUGCGCUUCCAUACGUCAUUUCCUUCCUCUCCAAUUUGCAAGGUUUGGUUUCUAAAGGCGACGUUGAUCUUUCAAUCACACGCAAAAACUUCAUGUACAUUUUCUUCAACUUGUUCCUGGUGUUCACGCUGUUUGGUACCCUGUCCAGCUACAAGGCCCUGCUAACAGACACUACGAAAAUCGCGCCUUUGCUGGCAACGUCGAUCAAAAGUUUGUCGCUGUUCUACAUCGACCUGAUCUUGCUGCAGGGUCUGGUUAUGUUUCCGGUCAAGUUGCUGCAGGCGGGAGAUCUCGCAUAUAUUUUUUGGGAGUACGUUUUGCGUCACUCGUGGCAGACUCCCAGAAGUUACAGAGACCUGUUUUACAAGCCUGCCAUUUUUGAGGUCGGGCUCAUUCUGCCCCAGCAUCUGCUCAUUUUCAUCAUCACCAUCAUCUACUCUGUGAUCUCCACGAAAAUCCUCACGUCUGGCCUGGUGUACUUUGUUCUAGGAUACUACGUCUACAAGUAUCAGCUGGUGUAUUCCAUGGUCCAUCCAUAUCACAGUACAGGAAAGCUGUGGCCCAUAGUGUUUCACAGAGUGUGUUUGGGGAUGCUGUUUUUCCAGCUGCAAAUGUUGGGCACGCUCGCUUUGGAGCAGUCGUUUGUGCUUGCUGCGCUAGUGGUGCCUCUGCUGCCAAUGACGGUUGUGGUGAUACUCUUUUUCAACCGCAACUACCUGCCCUUGCUGUUCUACAUUGCUCUCGACGCCAUAAAGACGUCAGGCGAGUCUGCAGAGACCGACGACUCCGACGAGCUGGGCUCUUUCCUUAGCUCGCCUGAUGGGGCUGCCCGCAAACCGCGGCCCGGACGCAAGUCGGUGGUCAUGCGCACUCCAUCAGAGUCCCCAAGCCCCUCGCAUACAGAUCCAGAAGCGCUUUCUGCACACGUGCUGCGCAAACGCAGAAGCACGAUUGACGAGGCGCGGGAGGCAUGUCAGAGCUACAUAUAUCCAUUGUUGAAGGAACAGCUGGAUGGACCCUGGGUCGGGUUUGAGGGAGACGAGAUCGACGUCGUCAGGUACUACGCUACUGAGUCGAGGAUUGUCUCGGACAUUGUCAGACAGAAGAUUUCCUCCAUUGAGUACGACUAA